AUGAAAGCCUUUUCUAAAGAUGAAAUUUCUGUUCCAUCUCCUCAAACUUCAAACUGCACAUCAACUAGUGACCAUUCUAAUAAAGAUGAUCAAGAAAUGGGCUCUAAUGCAAUGUCGGAUGAGGGAGAGGUCUUGAACAACUCAGCCUUCUUCUGUUUCCCAUUCCAAAUGGAUCUAAAUCUCGUUCGCGCGGUUUUUGCAGAGAUGGUGGGGACUUUUAUGUUGAUGUUCUGCGUAUGUGGGAUCAUAGCAAGCACACAGCUGAUGAGAGGGGAAGUUGGUCUUAUGGAGUAUGCAGCCACAGCAGGUUUAACUGUAGUAGUAGUUAUUUUCUCCAUAGGGUCAAUUUCUGGUGCUCAUGUCAACCCAGCUGUCACAGUAGCAUUUGCAACCUUUGGUCAUUUUCCAUGGUGCAGGGUUCCUGUUUACAUAUUGGCUCAAACAAUGGGUUCUGUUCUGGCAACAUACAUUGGGAGGCUUGUCUAUGGCAUAAAACCAGAUCUCAUGACCACCAGACCAAUUCAAAGCUCUGCCUCUGCCUUCUGGGUUGAGCUUAUUGCUACUUUCAUGAUUAUGUUCCUAGCUGCUUCAUUGACACAUCAAGCUCAUGCUGUUGGCUAUUUGUCUGGAUUUGUAGUUGGCAUUGCCAUUGGACUUUCUGUGCUCAUCACAGGGCCUGUUUCAGGAGGGUCAAUGAACCCAGCAAGGUCACUGGGGCCUGCAAUUGUUGCAUGGAACUUCAAAGACCUAUGGAUAUAUAUUUGUGGCCCAACAAUUGGAGCUGUAGCAGGUGCUCGCCUGUUUCAAAUUCUACGCCUUCAAUUGCAGCCCUGCAGUCCCAGCAACACUACCUCUCCCAAUAUCCGUCUGCUAGGCCAACCCUUGGCCUAUGAAGCAACUUAG